GAAGUGGGCUGUUACUCAGCAAAACGUCAAGACUUCAACCAUUUACUUCUUCACCACAAAGCAGAAGAUAACCAGGAAGCUUGUGAUUUAAGUUUGUUUCAUUUAAAGAGAAAGGAGAAGACAGACACCGUUUCAUCAGAGUGAACAUCUGUCUUUCAACACUGUUUCCUCAGCCUCAGAGAUUCAGCUUCUGCUGCUGAGACGAAGAACAAAAUCAGCUACACUUUCCAUACAGUCUCUGGGUUCUACUCCUCAUCAUAAACCUGCAGAACCAUGGCAGACCCGGUAAGAGCGAAUUCCUCAGGCACUGGGCAGAACAAAACGUGUGAUUCUGUGGAAACAUCGUACCACCCUUUCCUAUUACUGAUCUACUGUCUGCUGUUUCUGGUGGGACUGAUCUUCAACAGCUUCACCUUGUGGUUUCACUGCCGUGGAGCUCAUGGACAAGCAUCCAAGAGCUGGAUGAUCUACCUGAAACACCUGACAGCUGCUGACUUUCUGCUCUGCGUCAGCCUCCCACUGCGCAUUGUUCACUACGCCAGGAACUCGUACACCAUUCACCUGCUCUACUGCAGCGUUGGAGCCCCACUCCUGUUCAUUAACAUGACUGCCAGCAUCCUGUUCAUGAGUUACAUUGCAGCUAACAGGUAUAUGAAGAUUUUUUAUUCCUCGGGAACUCACUUCCUGAUGUCUGCCAAAGCCAGCCGCAUCAUCUCGAUGACGACCUGGGUUGUUCUCUUGACCACGAUAACGCCAUACGCCAUCCUGAUGCUGAUCAACCGCACAUCUCAACGGUCUGAUCAUGGCACCUGUGGUCAUCUGCUCAAAGAACUCAUGAGACCACUGUACACAGCAAGUCAUGCAGUUGCUUUCAUCAUCUUCCUGUCAGGACUCUUCUCUCUGGUUUUCUUCUACUACAGCGCCUCCCGCAGGGUGCUGCAGGUACAGCAGACCCAACCGGCCUCCUCCAACUCCAAGAAGCUUGUAAAGUCUCGCAGGAACAUGUUGGUGUUGGUCAGUGUGUUCUGCUUUUGCUUUGUUCCUCAUUACAUUGUUCGAAUUCCAUACAUCAUACUUCAAGGACAAUGUUCAGUAGUGAUGUACUACGUCAAAGAGGUGGCCGUCUUACUGUCAGUUUUUAAUAUCAUUCUGGAUCCUCUUAUUUAUGUUUUUCUUUGUAAGGAGUUCAGGGCUCAGCUUAACCUGAAACAAAUAUUCUGCAUAAAAGGCAACAGAAACAUCUCCAGUUCGGAGGCAGGAGACAGCGAGAAUCAGAUGAACACCAUCAGUACCAGUGUAGCGCCCCGGGCUCAGUGAGGACAGAAUGAUAGACACGGGAGCCAUCGGUCCAGGUUGUUUCUGAUUAAACAUUUUCUAACUUUUUUAAAAAUAGCUCAUAUAACAUUAGUAUGGUACUCAGCAUAGAUACAUAGAGGCUGGAAGAGUCACAGGAUGACAUAAAGGCGGACGUGCUUUGUUCUCAUUCCACGAAGAUUACUGCUUCAUUGUGAGCAAUGCCCUGAAAAAAUGGAUGAUGAUUAGCACUAAAAUGUUACAUCAGGCCAUUUGAAUCAGUUUACUCAGCGUGGUCUGUUACGACCUGCUACAGUGAAUGUAAUAACAUCCUUAACCCGGUCACUGUGCCUCUGCACAAACAACAGGACUAAUUAACUCUGAGGGAUGCUAACGCUCAGACGAUGACCUGAGGGCAUGUCACGCCUCAGCAGACAAUAAGUUGACUUGUCAUUGCUAAGCUGUAAUCAUGUGAACCAACAAUAGUGAGACAUUUUUCGUUGUGGUGUACCAACCUCUGUUGUCGGUUUUUGUUUAAAUUCAUAGUUUUAGAUGAAGAAAUCACCACUGCAUGCUUGUUGCAUAGUGUUUAUACAUUUUCCAUAAAUUUCAUCCAAAAGUCAAAUAUACCUAAAGUUCUGUGAGUAAAUCUAGUAGUUUGUGUGCAAAUGUGUCAUAUUAAGCAUAAGUGGAUGUAACUCCCACUGCUCUUGGUGGCAAAGAGCCUCUAAAAAGAUGUUUAGUAUGUGUGGAAAAUGUAGCAGUGGCAUCAACAGCCAUGCAAAACCAGAAACAGUUUGAAGUCAUAUUGUAACAAUGGUCCACAGUGGGGCACAUUCUGCUUCUAAAAUAAGCUGAUCAUUUCUUAUAAUCUGAGUUCGCUCAUUUUAAUAACUAUUGUUUGGUUUUAUGAUAUAAAUGUGCAAUUCCUGUAAAUAUUCUUAUUUUCAAGUUUUUCCAUUACUUUUGUUGAAACUGAAUGCUCCUAUUUAUCUUGCCUCUGGUACACUUGAAUCUUCCAAUAGUAGUACAAUAAAGUGUUAUUUUGUUUUAUUCCUUCUGUUUAUGUUUGGUUCGUGGGACUUGUGAGAGAAUAUGGUGGGAAAAUCCAUGACAAUAUAAAAGUUUAUUUUAAUUCAUCAGGACCCAUAAUAAAUAAAAUCCUAGUCUGACUGAUUUUUACUUCUAAUAGCUUAGCAGACAAUUAACGGGAACGUUUCCUGCAUCUGUGUUGUUGAAUCAAAGAACUGAAGUAAUGAAAAAAGGCUGUACUUUCUUUAAGCAUGACAUAUUUUUACAGUAAUUAUAAUGAGAAAUAAGAAAGUCUU